CUUUAAAGGAUCUUGUCGUUCAACCAAUUAUGCUGCUCAAGCUACUGCUGAGAAUGAAUCAUUGCCUUGGUUUGAAAUUUGAAUCAUUGCCAUCGAUCUCUAAAGUACACUGUGCAUUCUGUAACCCAGGUGUCGAGGAGCUCGUUAAUGGUAAUCAGCAAGGCUGAGAAUAUAAGAUGGGCGCUUACAGCAAGUGAAGCUGGUUUGAAGAAAACCAUCAACGCAUCAUCUAACAGUACAAAGCAGGGUCUCAUGAUUACCACUGGAGUGAUCAUCCAGGAGGUUGACUCUGUGGUGAGACAGGGAGUUUGUGGCAAUGGUAUGUGCGAAGUUGGCGAACGAUGCACAGCCGAUGGUACAAGUGACAUAUUGUCCGAGGUUGGAAAUCGCUGUUGUCCAUCAGAUUGCCCCUAUGUCCCCAAGGCCUGCCCGGUCCCAACUGAUGGUCCGAGAAAGAAUCAGCCUUGUGCUGGAAAUGGUCGCUGCCUGGACUCGACAGGAACUUGUGACUGCUUCUACGGCCACACAGGCCGGGCGUGCAGCCGGUGCGUUGACGACUGGACUAUGUCGCCCGGCGGCUUCUGUGUUCGAAUGGUGGACACGUCAGCGGUCGACAAGUUCAAGGCUCGAGUCUCGAAAAAGAAAAAGCAGAAGAUUCAAAUGAAGAAGCAUAAUGAAGUGCCGAGCGCCCAGUUUACGUCUGGCAAGGAUGCUGCUGCUCCCGCACCAACGGCCGCCCCAGAUGUGGACGCAUGGGACGCACCCGAUCCGCCGCUUUCAGAAGGCAAUGAGACGUGGAUUGAUGAUGAUGGAGUUGCAGGUCCUGGAUUGAUGUUAGCACCCAUUUCAGAGCCUCAGGGUGGAGGUGAAGUGACCAUGAUGAUGACGUCUAAGCCCACGCCACAGUUCAUGCAGGUGGAAGAGCAGCUGAAGUAUGUGACAGGAGUGGCAGAUGUUCCAACAUCCAGCAGUAAGGCAACGAUAGCCACUCCCUCUCCCUCUUCAAAUUACUCUCCCAAACCAUUUUUCUCUGUGUCCGCAAACGAUGCCCAGGAAUUGAGGCCUUCUCCUCCUCGUGUUCGGGAUGACGAGUUUCAUGUGGAUGGCCCAGGUGAGGACUCAGACACAUACACAUCUUCGGGUCACCCAGUUUCCCCUUCUCCUAUAUCGCCGACCAAUCCACAGGCAUCUGAGACAGACAGUCGUGAGACCGGUCCUCAAUCGGCACCUUCCCCUCAGGGAGAACCAUUGCUGCAAACGCCAGUCGUGGGCACACCAACCAGUAGUGUCUUGACGCCCAGCCUGAGUGAUCCCAUGCCCACGAAUUCACUGGCUGCGACCCCAUCAGUUCAUCAUGCUGAUUCCAGCGCGGUCAUCGUGAGCCAAUCUCCACAGGAAUUUGACCCCACGGCACAUCCUGACCUUGAGAAAUCUGAGCCGCCGAUUGACAAACCUGAAGGAGCAGGCAGUCUUCCUGAUGGGGGACGCGAUAAUGCAAUGUCACAGGAAGGGGGCAUCUCUCCCAUGGAUGAGAAUGAAUGGAUCUUUCCUGGAAGUCAACAAUAUGAUGGAACGGCUGGCUGAGAAGUCCCCAGUGUGAUCACGGAAAACGAGGGAAACAAACAGGCUCCUCUGCA